AUGACGACCGUAAUCAACGACGAAUUGCGAGGAUCCCUCGUAAUGGGAUCUUCAUCAAAAAUCCAGGGAAUGGUCAUACAGUCUUCAGCGACAUUGGACCCGCUUCGCCAAUCGAUUGAAUUACCACUACUCGCGUCCACUGCUUCCUCAGUGGAUGGCUAUGAAUCUUUCGAAAACACCAACAACAAGAAGAAACGGAAAAUUCCCACCACUGGAGACUCAUUAGCGAAUACUAGUCUUUCUUUGACCAGCGAAGCCAACGCAUUGUCGAACUCUAUACGACCUCGAUCACCAGUGAACGAAGUGCUCAGCAGUCAAGGGUUGUCUGGUUCUGGCAGAGGGAGACUUGGACGGUCAAGAAAUGGACGUAGCCCCUUACGAGCUUUGUCAGACGGAAGCAACGCCUGGUCGAAUCGUUCAAAAGCUGGUUCGUCUCAAUGGGCGUCGUCUGGUCAAACUGGGAGUGGUAUUAUAUCUAACGCGAUUGCAACUGCUGAGAAGGUACCUCUACAGGGACAGGAGAAUGGAAGUCUCUUGCAGCCGCGCAUGACCACAUAUAAGGAAAUGCCUGCUUCAACGCAAUUUACAUUCACUUGUGAAUCGCAAACACCUGGGGCUAUACAGUGGCCUGGUCGUUCUGUUGGCCACGGCGCCCCAGCCCAGUCGCUACAACACUUACCAACUGUCGCUCCUCAAAACCCUAGCCUGCACCAGAGUGGUUCAUCCAAGCAAGCCAAUAAGCUUCCCGGUGGCUCUGCUAGGAAAACCCGCAGUCGCUUAGAGAGGGAGCUUGUCAUGGCUGCGCGUACUCGACGGCAGAUUGCGACAGAGAACUAUUAUAACAGCCUGCCGGACUCGACGGAGAUCUGGAUUUGCGAGUUUUGCGAGUAUGAGCGUAUUUUUGGCGAACCUCCCCGUACUCUUAUUCGAGAUUACGAAAUCAAGGAUCGUCGACAUCGGCAGGAAGAAGCAGAUCGAAAGCGUUUACUAGAAAAAGCCAAAGCAAAAAGCAGGAAGGGGAAGAAAACCAGCAAAGUAGCUACGAAAGGCAGUCAUACCGUCGAGCAUAUCUCGGAUCAAUCCCACGCAGCAGCUCGACCCGCUGAUAUUUCCCCCGCUCCGACUAAUGAAAGAGGUCGCUCGACCCAUUCCGACGACGGAUAUGAAGACGACUACGAAGAUGAUUAUUCUGAUGCACCACCUAGACACAUGGCAAACGUUGCGAGUGCCCAUGCAGAUCCUCUACCCCCCCCUCGAGCUAAAACGUAG